GGGAGGCGGAUAAAGCGAAUGGCAAGAACCGGGUCGACCUUGCUGGUAGGAGCGGGACUCGGAGCCUUAUUGAGCCGCCUGCUGGGCGCCAGAGGCCGGCACCAGGAGGAGGAGAGGCCCGGUGUGCUGGGCCGGGUCCCGGUGAUCCCGGUACCGGGGGUCCCGACGGUCCAUGCCUCCGAACUGACAGUGAGUCCAAGUACCUCGGGAGCAGUGAUGAAGUAUGGCUUUCCCUCACUCGCCAACAUCAAGACUAGAGAGUCCUACGUCACGUCGUACGACCCCCGCACACGCACUGCAUCUUGGGUAAUAGAGAAGCUUAACCCAGCCUCCCUCACAGGUCCGUCAGACAGAAAGUACUGUGAAUUCAAAGAGGACGACAGCGUGCACGUUUUCCACAGAGCAACGAACACAGAUUACAGGGGGAGUGGCUUCGACAGAGGUCACCUGGCUGCAGCAGCCAAUCACAAGUGGAGUCAGAAAGCCAUGGAGGACACGUUCUACCUGAGCAACGUGGCUCCUCAGAACCCUAACCUGAACCAGAACACCUGGAACAACCUGGAGAAGCUCUGCCGCUCUCUGACCAAACGCUACCUCAAUGUGUACGUGUGCACUGGCCCGCUCUACCUGCCCAGGCAAGAAGGUGAUGGAAAACUGUACGUGAGGUAUCAGGUGUUGGGAAAAAACCACGUUGCUGUGCCUACACACUUCUUCAAGGUGCUGAUCCUGGAGCAGGCGGAUGGCAGGGGGGUGGAGCUUCGCUCAUACAUUUUACCCAACGAAGCAAUCGAUGACAAAGUUCCUCUGGAGCGUUUCCUAGUUCCCAUAGAAACCAUCGAGCGAGCGUCGGGACUCCUGUUCAUCCCCAACAUCAUGAGGAGGACAACCAGCCUGCAGGCUCUCAAAUGAACUACAAUACCCACAAUCCUCUGCUGCUGCGUGCAAUAAACUGUCUAGUCUGCUGUAAACUUGAAUUAGUCGUGUAAUAAAUGAAUCU